AUGGAUGUUGUUGAUCAGGAAAUUCACUUCCAAGAAGAAAUACUUAUGGAGAUCCUCGGUAGGUUACCCAUGCGGUCUCUUCUUCAAUUUAAAUGUGUUUCAAAAUAUUGGAAGGCACUAACCUCUGAUCCUUACUUUACGAUGAAGCAUCUCAAUCAUGCCAAGAGUGAUCGAGAUUCAAAAAAACUUAUUAUUCACCAACGCUGCCCUAAGGAUGGUAUAUCAUCCAUGUAUUGUUGUUCUUUAUCGUUGGUUCAACUGGUUGAGAAUGUACAAAAACUUGAUUGCCCUUCAGCCUCUAAACCACGGCGUUGUGCAGUCUAUUGUUCUUGCAGUGGCUUGGUUAUUAUCUGUGUUACUGAAAAUAGUAAUGAUAUACGCUCCAUACUUAUGUUGUGGAACGCUUCCAGAAGAGGAUCAGUAGUACUUCCUGAUCCACAAUUUCCACUGCAUGGUUAUAAUUUGGGACUGGGUUAUGAAUCCACCAGUGGUGACUAUAAGAUCCUAAAAAUUCGCUAUCUCGUAGAUGGUAGAAAAGAACCUGGUGAAAUUUUCGCGUUGAGAAGUGGUUCCUGGAGAAAUAUUGAUAAACAUCAUACUGGAAGUUGCAGUCAAAUGUGUGGUAUGGAUUCCACUUUGGCAUUUGUAAAUAAUGCAUUUCAUUGGAUUGGUUAUUUUGAGGUUUCAAGAACUCAUUCUCUGGUCUCAUUUAAUAUUUCAAAUGAAGUGUACGGAGAGAUACCAUUGCCAGAGCAAAUACCACAUUUGUAG